AUGAAGAUGAUACACCUCCCACCAGGCCAAAAGGUGUGUGAAAUGCGAAUUCGUGUUCUGACGGUUCAGAUCAAGAUUGGGCGCCAAACAAACAACAAGACGGUUCCCGGUGAGCGGAACGCUUACUUCGAUUCUAAGGUGCUCUCGCGAACACACGCAGAGAUAUGGGAACAGAACGGCAAGGAUGUCAAGUCCUCGAAUGGAACGUUCAUCAACGGUGUGCGUCUCUCCCCUGAGGGAGUGGAGAGUGAUCCCUACGAGCUGAAGAGCGAAGACAUGGUCCUUGCAAACUACCAGAAUGAUACGCACAACGCUCGCAGAGGUACCAGCCUGUCAAAUAGCGGAGCUGCCGUGAAUCCGUUGAGCCACAUGGGCCCCCCGAUUAUGAGUGCGGGCGGAAAGAGCGGCCUCAACUUUGAUGAUGUACUGCACAAACUUCAGGACGCUCUUAAUCGCAGCAAGGAGUCCGGUCAAGAGCUGCAAGGCUUGACGACAGCCAUGACCGACGUGCAGGACACGCUCGGUGGUGGUCUGAACGGAUCAGCGUCUCAGUACAUCCCUCCGCAAUUCCGAAACCCGUCCGCUGAAGCUCAGGCUGCGUUGGCUGGCCCUCACGGACCUCAGGCUGCGGCUUUCAUCUCUUUGCAAUCGCAGAUCACAGAAACGCAAGCGUCAUUAAACCUUCAGCUCGACAAGAUCCGUCAGCUGGAAGGGCAGAUUGAACAGCAAGAUGCUUUGAAACGCGAGAUCUCUGUGGUCCGAGAACAGAUGGAGGAAAGCCGCCGCGAGAUGGAGGGUAUUCUUCUUCGCUCCGAAUCGUUGGAUGUUAACGACGAUGACGACGCCAGAAGCGUCGUCACCGUCGUGCCGGGUGGGGAUUCGGAACGACCUCCAGAGGAGGAGGCUCAUGACAACAAUCUUGACCAGGUCACGAAGGUGGAGCUCUCAAACAGAAUCCAAACGCUGGAAACCGAGAUGGCGGAGACCGUUCAGCUGUCCAAGACCCUUCAGAGCCAACAUAGCGAAGCGCUCACAACGGUCAAAGAUCUUACGGACCGCUUGGGCAAGCUCGAGAGCGGAAUUGCUGAACGCGUCACUACCGCCGUGGAGCAAGCCGAAGCGCGCUGGGAAGCCUGGCGCUCUAAGUUUGAAGAGCGCUGGAAGCAGGAGAGAGCGGCGUGGGAAACCGAGCGGGACCGUCUUCGCGGAAUCGUUCGCGAGUGGGAAGAGGCCAGCAGGAGGGCCGCAGAAGAAGAAGAGGAGAGAGUCAUGAACGAGCAACUGAGCGAAGAUGAUCUCGCUGACGAGGAAGAUCCAGCCGAGGAUGAAGUUGAUGCUGCAGAGCUCGCCACGAUGGAUCUGGCUGACUCGAGUCCACGGAAGACCACAAAGUCGCGUCGCCGCCGCUUGAGUACAAAGACGGCGUUGGCGGUACGCGGGUUGCGAUCAGUUGCAAACGCAACUGGAUCUUCAACGCCAAGGGGCAAUCAGCCAGCCGAGGGCGCAGUCACAGAGGAGUCUUCGAAGGCAGCUCUGAAUCGACUCAGGCGCUCCUCUGCCUCUGCACCGACGACUGUCUAUAACGAGAAGGAUUCAUCCGAGAGCGGACGUGAAUCGGCCGACACUUUGAGGGGCGAAAAACUCCAGGAAGGUGAUGCCGACGUCAACGCGCACCGCAACCUUCCACCUGUGAGUUAA